AUGAAUUAUAGACAAAUGACCAUAAUCAUUAUUUUACUUUAUUACUUAAAACAUCAGCAUAGAUUACUUAAUAUACAUGGUAGUGUUAUAUAUAAUACAUCAUGUAUUCAAUACAACAAUAGUAAAACAUCUAAUGAAUGUAAUUAUACACAAUGGAUAUUUUUAACAGGAGCUCCUCUUCUCAAUUUUGUUUCUUUAUAUACUUUAAAAAUAUUGAAUACAAAUUAUUGUUUAAUUGAAUGUCAAAAUAAUUUGAAAUGUUAUUCAUUUACAACAAUGCCCGUAAGUUUUAGAAGGUUGAGAAAGUUGUAUAUUGUUAUUAUUGUCAUUAUUAUUAUUAUUAUGACUGGUAGUCGUAGUCGUAGUCGUAGUCGUUGUCGUUGUCGUAGUCGUAGUCGUAGUCGUAGUCGUAGUCGUAGUCGUAGUCGUAGUCGUAGUCGUAGUCGUAGUAGUAGUAGUAGUAGUAGUAGUAGUAGUAGUAGUAGUAGUAGUAGUAGUAGUAGUAGUAGUAGUAGUAGUAGUAGUAGUAGUAGUGGUAGUAGUAGUAGUAGUAGUAGUAGUAGUAGUAGUAGUAGUAUUGCACAGAAUUAUUGGGUUUAA